AUGUGCCUUUGGAAGGUGCUGAAUUGGCAGGCUACCAAGCUCUUCGGUUUCAGUGGUCCGUCCGACGCGCACCUCACAUCUGCGGCGAAGGUUUUGGCCGCAGCCGCAGAUGGGCAGACUGAGGACGCCAAAAUAGAACAAGUGGAAUCCGGCCGAGGGAGAGUGAGCCUGCAGGUGCGGGGAAAGAACGGAUGCUUGUGA